ACAUAUAAUGGUUCCACACAAUGGUACGAAUUCCCGCGUCAAAGCCCAAUGUUUGUAGUAAAUUCGCCUAACUUACAGCGAUAAAGAAAACGACCACGUUAACUCCACGAUAUCGCAUUCUACCUCGGACGCUCCAACGUGGGCUAUUAUACAGAGUUGGGUAGAUAGAUGUCUGAAAAGCCACGAGUCAUGCCUUCACCAAGCCUCGGAACUCUUUUCGCCAACUCGUCUGCUUGAACUACAGCACAAGGGGGCCGAAAAGAUAUUUCGACUCGUCAUGCAGAGCGAAUUUGAUCCUCAUGAGAGAUAUAUCACUCUGAGUCAUUGCUGGGGACCUAAGUCCACUACUAAGAAGUUACAGCUUGAGAAGUCGACCCUAGAAGAGCUUCGGAAUGGUUUGCCAGUAGCUAUUCUACCUAGAACUUUUCGCGAUGCAUUUGAGAUAAUUGAGCGUUUGAAAGUUCGGUACUUGUGGAUUGAUAGGUUAUGCAUAGUUCAAGAUUCCGAGGAAGAUUGGCAGGCGGAAGCUUCUAUCAUGGGGCCCGUCUAUAGUCAUGGCUUAUUGAACAUCGCAGCGUUAGGUGCUACGGACGAUCAAACUGGUUGUUUUUUUGAUCGUGACCCGGCACUGGUUUCGCCUGCAAUUAUUAAUCUUAGCCCCCCUGGAGACAGCAUUGCGAGAUUAUACCGUUUCGAGGCCGAAGAAGAAUCAUGGAAGAAAGACUUCGAGGGGCAGCCGCUUCUCUCACGUGCGUGGGUCUUGCAAGAGAGAGUCCUUUCGACCCGGAAUCUUUAUUUUGGAAGCAAACAAGUCUUUUGGGAGUGUUUUGAGACCCAGUGCUGUGAGACUAUCCCAAACACCAGCCUAGGUCAAUGGCAUUCGCCACGUUCACUUGCACCUAGCCUAAAGUCCGGUAGCCGUAUAUGGAAGUCUCUUAUAAAUCCUAAAAAUACGGGAUCUAUAAUCUCGAAUACAGAUUGGCCAAAUACAAUCCAGAUAUACUCCCAGUGCAAUUUAACGUUUCCCAGCGAUAAACUCGUGGCUCUCUCAGGUUUAGCAAAACGAAUAGGUGACGCAAUGAGGGAGAGUUAUGGCCCUGGGAACGAUAUUUAUCUGGCUGGCUUAUGGAAGCAUAUGAUGCCAGAAACGUUAUUUUGGAGACCUAAGGUAAGGGCACGUCGCAUAUUUCCAUACAGGGCGCCCUCUUGGUCAUGGGCGUCCCUGGAUGGGGAAAUUUCCUAUUAUCAGACAACCCCGAUCCAAUGGCACGUCGAUAUCCUCAGGGGAGAAAUAACCCCCCAGACGGAUGACUUGACGGGUAAGGUUGUCGGCGGCACUAUAACAUUACGCGGCCAUAUAUGUACGGCACGAAACUUGAAGUUGCUUAAAACGGCUCCCGUCGAUUGCGACAUGUAUUCAAUCGGCUCCCUUCAUCACCCAAAAACCGACAGCCUCCUUGACUUUGCGAGUAGCUACGGAGGCCAUAUACAAUUCGACGCUCCAGAUGACUUCCACGAAACAGUAGUCAUCUUGAUGUCCGGCUUUCGGACUCACCCAAAAUUUUCCUCCGUAACCGUCCAUGGUCUAGCUUUAGUCUUCGCCGACGAGUCACGGUCUUCAUAUCGCCGUGUCGGGUGCGCGAACAUAAAAGAAAGUGUCAACUUCGAGGAAUGCGAUUUAGAAAGAGAUCUACUUAAGGAGUUACCACAAGAAAUCAUUGAAAUUAUUUAGGCCUGGAGUUUCCAUCGAAUAAGUUAUCUGUGGAUUAUGAUGUGGACAUAUUGUUUUUAUCGCAAAAACGACGCCGU